ACAAAUCUUUUUUUUUUCUUCUCUUUCUCUCUCUAUUUCUGUGUAUAAAACUGUGAAUUACAUGCUCUUCUCAAAUUAAGCAUUUUGGAGACGACAAUGGAGUUUCUAAAGAAUCUCUCAACCAGAACCAGUCAUGCGACUUUCUUCAUAUUACUCUGUUUCUUUCUCGUUUGCACUAAAAACGUUCAAGGAAGAAGACAUCGUAAAGUAGACUGCUUCGAAUACAACGCUAUAAACUGCAGAUCCCACACGGCGUCGCUAAUCGAUUUCGGCGGCGUUGGCGACGGCGUAACUUCAAACACCGCCGCCUUCCAAUCAGCAAUUACCCAUCUAAGUCAAUUUGAAUGCAAAGGAGGAUCUCUUCUCUUUGUACCACCCGGAAAAUGGUUAACCGGAAGUUUCAAUCUCACCAGCCAUUUCACUCUCUUUCUUCAUCGUGACGCCGUUCUUCUCGCUACCCAGGAAGUGGAUGAGUGGCCGGUUAUAGAUCCGUUGCCGUCGUAUGGUCGUGGUAGGGAUGCUGUCGGUGGAAGACAUAUUAGUCUUGUAUUUGGAACAAAUCUUACUGAUGUCGUCAUCACCGGAGAUAAUGGUACAAUUGACGGCCAGGGAGCUCCUUGGUGGGAUAAAUUCCGGCAAGGAAAACUUCAAUAUACACGUCCUUAUUUGAUUGAGAUAAUGUUUUCUCAGAAUGUUCAAAUAUCGGAUAUCACUUUAGUCAACUCGCCGUCGUGGAAUGUUCAUCCUGUUUAUUGUAGUGACGUCAUUAUCCGGGGACUUACAAUUCUUGCACCGGUCCGGUCACCUAAUACCGAUGGUAUCAACCCAGAUUCUUGCACUAACACAAAGAUUGAAGAUUGUUACAUAGUCUCCGGCGACGAUUGCGUGGCCGUCAAGAGCGGUUGGGACGAGUACGGCAUCGCGUUCGCGAUGCCCACAAAACAACUCCUCAUCCGACGUCUAACCUGCAUCUCUCCGACAAGUGCAGUUAUCGCUCUCGGAAGCGAAAUGUCCGGCGGUAUCCAAGAUGUCAGAGCCGAAGACAUCCUAGCCAUCGAUUCCGAAUCCGGAGUUCGAAUCAAAACCGGCGUUGGAAGGGGAGGAUUUGUCAAAGAUAUAUACGUAAAAGGAAUGACAAUGAAAACAAUGAAAUGGGCAUUUUGGAUGACAGGUAAUUACGGGUCUCAUCCAGACGACAAAUACGAUCCGAAUGCGUAUCCGAUUGUAAGAAACAUCAAUUAUCGAGAUAUGGUGGCGGAAAACGUUACGAUGGCUGCGAGAUUGGAGGGAAUUGCUGGAGACCCUUUUAGUGGGAUUUGUAUUUCUAAUGUUACUAUUCAAUUGGCUCCGACGGCGAAGAAGGUUCAAUGGACUUGUACGGAUAUCGCCGGAGUUACUAGCGGAGUGGUUCCUCGGCCGUGUGAUUUGUUGCCGGAAGAACAAGGUGGAGAUGUGGGAGGGGGGUGUGAAUUUCCUUUGGAUAACUUGGCUAUUGAUAAUGUUGAAUUGAGGACUUGUUAUGAGAUUGUAAAGUAUUUUUGAGGAGAUUUAAGGUUAGAAGAAUUUGAAAUAAUUGGUUAAGUUUGAAUAAAGAUCAAUUAUUAGAUUA